CUUACAUCCAGAGGAACAGCCCCAAAACCACCUGCACCCAACUCCAAAGUCCGACGACCUGCCAACCCGUACAAGAUCCUCGUCCCCCGGCUCCCUAGUCUGGCUGUUUGCGCGUCAUGUGCCUUCUGCCUUUUCUGAAGCAUUUGCACUGAAUCUAGAUUAAACCCAUCCCAGCCCUCCACGGCAACCCUGGUUGAUGUUUUUUUUUUCUUCUCUAGUUCUUAUCAUUAUUUUUAAUUCUUCUCCAUAUUCAUCUCGGGAUUGUUUAUUUGCUUCUUCGCCCCCGCCCGUCUCCAAAUCUAGCACGAAGCAAAUAUUUCUUCUGUCAACCGCAGGCGCGCGCGACCAACGCGUGGGGAUCGAUCUUUUAUCUGCCGCGAAUCUCCAGCUUUGCUCAUCUGCCGAAGUCUCACUUCCUCGGCCUACGUGGUUCUCUAGCUGUGCCACAGAUACUUUCAUACCCGGCCCAUAAUACCUAGGUCGAAACAAAAACAAAAACAAGAAAAGAGUCAGCUCCAUACCGGCAGACGGCUCGAGCACACAGUGGGGCUCGCCUGGUUUUGACAAACGCACAAAACACUAGCCGCCCUACAGGGGGAAAUCCUCCAGAAAGAUCUGAACUUCUGAAGCGACACAGACGACACUAGGGAAGCAUUGGCACCCACUUCGCCCAUCCUGACACCGGACUGGCCGACUUUGAUGCUUCCAGAAGACUGCCUUGAUCCACAUCUGGCUCUCUUCGUUCCUUGCUUGUUCUGAUCGACUCGGAUAUAUGGAAUCCCAUCCCUCUUAAACACCCUCGUCGAUACCCACUGCUUCUUCGGAGUUUUUGUCCUUCGACCCCAGCCACUGACUUCACUCGAUCUUUGGCAGACAUUGUGUUUAGCCUUUGUUUGCGCUCCACUAGGUUCAAGGGGUCUUACCCCCAUGCUUCAUGGACUGGGCUUUGUGAGACUACUUUUCCAUCCCCGCCCGGAUAUCAACCCCUCAAGGUUCUGCGAUUCUCGGUGACGACGAAACCCUUUAUUGUCUGGGUUUCGCGGCCUUCAGGAUCAGUUUCUCGUCGUCAUCGCCCCUCUACUUAUAUCUUCUACUGCCAAGACCGAUGGCUACAAUGGUGCAAGAGUUUGGCAACUUUAUGCCCGAGUCUACGCUGGAAUCGACGACAUCUAUCCAUGCUUAUACGCGCAUGCCUUGGGAAGAAGAAGCAAGGUAUACUCAUGAUAUACAAAGCGAUCCGACGAUGUCUUUCAACUCGGGGAAUACUUGGCGCCCAGCCAGAACGAACGAUGACGCUCCUCCUCCGCUCAAAAGGCGUCGAGCUUAUGGUCCCGUCCCCUCGGCUGCAGAGCCAGCCUAUCAAGGCCCGACUUCUUCACCAGAGAUGCCCAACACACAGGCAUCUGCGAUGACCCCCCAUAACAGCCAAUUCAUACUCGAGCAGGCCGCAAGGAUUCUGCAAGUACCCGUCCCACAGCUAUUACAACUGGGCCAGACCCGAGAAUCACCCGAGACACCAAGCAUAGUCAACCAGGCUGCACUUACCCUUGACGUACCUGUCUCGAGCUUAUUCGAGCUACAAGAGAGGCAUAGGCACAAACGUCUACGUGUAGAGACACCAGGUGCUAGUCCAUCCACAUAUGUGGAAAGGGGGGCAGGACUGGGAGGUGGUGCGAAAGCAAUGCAGGGGAGCCGACAAGGCUCAGACGAUAAUUCCGAGCAUUACUCCUGGGCGGCCAUGACUGCUUCCCCUCAGCCACCAACUUACCUAGGACUGAGCGGCCCUCGGAUAGCUAAUGCUUUUGCAAGCUUUCCUACCUAUGACUCCCAUGAAUCUUACCAGAACAGCCAGGACGACCAUCAUAUCCGUGUGACGACUGCGCCUCACUGCUACGGGGGAACGCGAGUUACUUCAAUGGGCACAUCCCCAACGCCUGCCAAUCUUCCGACUACCCCUGUUACAGGCUAUGAUAAUGGCACAUCUAUCACGCACUCGAACCAGGCUGGACCGGUUGUUUCUGACGCGCCUCUCAUGGUUGAUAACUACAUGACGUCCUUUGCGGCAUUGCCGCAUCCGCGACAUAUACCUUUCGACCAGCAAACCGUAAACAAGCCAGUCAUGUACUAUCAGGGAAAUGCAGCGAGUUCCAUAUAUUCCAGGCCAGCCUCGAACGACCAGCACACGGCCGCCGUCGUCCCAAUGCACCCAAGGGUGCAUGUCAUGGAAAACGUUCCUGGUUAUAGGCCCUACCAAAACAGCCCUGAGACGCAGUCUCCGUCAAGCAGCCAUGCUGGCGCCGCGGAUGACGUGUCUCUGGGAUAUGAUGUGUUCCCCGCCUAUGUCCCCCAGGCACACCUUGUCGACAACAGCGCCGCGCCGAUAGAAUUUUACACCAGGCCUCAGGACUUCGAGUUGAUAUACUCAACACACAGAGCUCCUCCUGCGAAGCGCGGUCCUUUUAAAGAUCGUGGAGAGCGGGACUUGACUGCAGAGACAAGGAAGUGUAACAUCGACAUAAACGACAGAAAGGGUUGCUGUCUAACGUGCAAGAAGGUCGCAAAUACGAGCAAAGUCUGGCGUCUUCCUUGCCUGCGGCUCAAAAUAAACAACAUAGUUCUCUCAAAGAUAGGCCAAGUUCGAGGCUUCGAGUGGACAUCUCGAUGGAAAGAUAGCACGGUGGCCGAUGACAUUUCGAGCUGGGCAUCCCUAGAAACAAGAACAAUUCAUGUGACAGAGGGUUUUACAGGAAGCUCGAUUGCACUCCGUGUGCGGCAAUUCAUUCCUCAGGCUGGCGACUCGUUGGAGAGAUCUUGGGUCGGCCCUGACGGUACCAAGCGAUCGGUUCACAUUCCGCAUUUUGCCGUGGUUGAUAUGGACGCAACAAAGGUCGGCUUGGAUAAAUACAUUAGGGGUGGGAUAUGGGAAAUGUGCAAGAAGGUGAUUGGGCCUAACAAGGCUCUCAUCUGGAACACUUACGCCCUAGCUUUGAAAAGAGCAAACGACAGUGGGGUUGACAAGAAGGAGCAGGAAUUGCUGAAGAGCACUCUGGAGCUUUGGAUGUCUAUCCGCCUGACGACAAACUCAUUUGAGAUUGUGGGCGAGGAAACCUUGGGAAUGCCGCAAGACAUCAUGGACGAGACGAGCCCCCUCUGUGGCAAAAUCCCUUUACCGCCGGUUUUGGGCGCACAACUCGACUCGAUCUUAAUCCACCAAAUCCAAGCCAAAUUCAGACACGAUACUCUCGAGCUCCUGCAGAAGAUGACACAAGAAAACAAGGCCAGGACGUGGUUGACAACAUACCUGGUGACUUUCAUCUUAUUGCACAACAUUGCUCUCGUCAUCAAGCAUGACGCUGGCUACGCUCGCAAGCAUGGCAUGCAGAGGCGGUUCGCCAGGGAGGAUAAAGUCAGGGAGUACUAUAUGGGAGCAACCACAUUGCUGGCGUAUUCCCAUUAUAGAGGUGGGAGCAAGAUCUUUGCAAGCGAUGUCAGAGAUGACGAUCUUCGCCUACACUCGGGUGAAGAUGGAGCCUCACUAAUUGCGUUCACAAGAAGAUGCGCAAAGGAGUCUGAGCGCGAUUGGAAGAAUCUCCUGAACAACAGCGACAUUGAGAAUGAAUACUUUUUCAUAUCUCAGUUGUACGAACAGAACUGGAUGCCCCGAGAGUGGCCUUUCUGAACGUGACCCAACGAAACCCAGCGAGGGCGUUGUUUCAGCUGGUCAUCCCCAUAUCCGUUCUGCAAGCUGAAGACGCAUGAUUCCCAUCACAAGGGAAGCGCAUAGACAGUUGGAUUGAUUCAGUCACUCGCAAAGUCGCGAACUGCAAUCCAGAAGCUGCCAACUGCUCCACCUGUCGCUACCCAGUGCAACGACAUUGAUCCCUGCAACUAUGGGAUAACCCGGCCGAGAGCGUGCCAUUGUUAUCCAUCCGCCUAAGUUAGCUGAGUAACCCAAGUAGGCAAGGAUAAACGGUCAGGCAACCGAUCAGAUUCGAGCUUUGAGUUUUGAGUCUUUGAGCUUUCGAAUCGCAGCGCAGCGCAUCGAUGCUUCAAUAGCGCAGCUACGGCCACGGACAGGGUAGAUAGACUGCAGGCUGCCGAGGUAACUAUCUCCCAGUCACGGGUUCCUAUAACGGAAUGAUUCCAUGAUGUUUGGCCAAGCCUUCAAAAAAUGCUGGAAAGAUUCGGUUAUAUGAACCCGCAGCUGAGAGAUAGUCACCUCGGCAGCUUACAGUCUAGUCUGUCCGUAGAAGUCGGUCGGCUCAUAUUUGGUACUGCACCUACAUUAUUACCGUGCCAAGCUGAGUAGAGUUAGAGGAGGGGUGUAGGAGAGGGGGCGGCGGAUGAGGUCGACCGCAAGCGGCUUCACGACGGCAAUGCAGGAUAGCGCACCGGUUUUCGGCCAGCCUUUUUUUUUUCUUGGGUUAUUAUUAUUAUUAUUAUCUCGUGUUGUUUUCUUCACCCCAUGUCCUUACCUUUGCGGAUUGGAAUUGUGGGGUCUGAUGGAACACCUGAGGCUCAGGCUCCUCGCAGAAGGGAAGAAAAAUGAUACCAACCCCCGGAAACCCCUCUGAUCGUACGUGGUAGUGCUCUUUUUUUUUAUCUACUUUUUUUGUUCUUUUUUUUUUCUUCCGCGGUAACCCUGGUAGCAACAGCACCUGGGUGUCGACAGAUUAUCUGAUCGACCAUUGCUUUCCCCUUCAAAAUUCGAUAGCUUUUAGCUCGAGCUUCUUUCGCUAUACUGCAUUCGGGAAAAAACGCCCGUACCUUUAGGCUACUUUCUUAAUCCGUCUCCAUAUCACACAAUCAUUUGGUCAAAAACCCAC